CGCUUUACCUACUGUCAGCCUUGUGCAAACAUAUGCAACUUUUUAUGGGUAACAAAGCUAUGAGAUCGUUAGCCUGAAAUCCCCCGACCAUCUUGUAUGCGCCAGUAUCUCUCUGUGGCUGCUGAGAUUUAUUAAGUGAUAUGCAUAAAAUGUUUGAUGAUACACCUCGUCCGCCACCACCGGUGCCUCCGCUGCCGCCUGCCCUCAACAAGAAAGCCUCGAGAGAGUCUCCCUUUGUAUUGAAAGUCAGAAACGCGCCAGAAGAAUGGUUCUACCAGCCCCCUGAGCCACCAGCUGACGUCGAUCUCUUUGAGCCCCCAACAGGGCCUUACUUCAUAUACGGAACAUUGAUGGAUCCAAAAAUGCUAGCCAAUGUCCUUGGACUGGAAGAAAAGCCCGCGCUGCGACCCGCCAAGGUCGUAGGCUACUUGCGUAAACUCUGGGGACAGUAUCCCGCUAUGCAAGACGGCCCGCAGGACGCACAAGUCAGUGGUGCUGUCUACUAUGUGCAGUCUGUUGCUCAUGCGAAGAGAUUGGCGGAGUACGAAACCAACAGCUACAGAGCCAAGCCAUGCUUUAUUCAGUAUACAGAUGGAAAGGAGCCUGAUGAGGACUUUGGCCAUGUUUUCAUGUUCGUCGGUAAUCCAAGGGAUCUACAAGAGGGGGAGUUUGAUCUGGGAAAAUGGUUGAAGCGAGUGGGACGAUCAUCUGGAUAAAACAUCAUAAAGAUGAAAAGUGUAAUUGAGCAAGCAAUACAUUAAAAAGACCUUACUCUAUCCCUUGAAGAUCUUGGCGCACACCCCA